GGAAAUAGUAACUAAAGAAGUGUUUUUUCCCUAAAUAAGUGCGUAUAGAACUUUCAAAACAAGUGAAGAGGGGGUGACAUGACUGAAAAAUAAAAUUUAACUGCAAGUGUGAUCCGGCGCAAAUUUCGUUCCGCAAGUGUCGGGUACAGCGAGAUGACCUUGAUAUAUUAACAAUUUUAUUGCUCUCGACUCUCCUCAAACAUUAUUAUGAUUUCAUCAAAAAAUAACCAUUUAUGCCUUUUUAUGAAAGAAAAUAAACCUUCCUUCUCUCAUCUCCCCAUCUGUUAAUAAAUAUUGAUUAUUUUUAGAAAAACUAAAAAAUGUAAACAAUGAGUCAUAGGGGAAAAUUUUGAAAAAAUAUUUUUCAAAAUUUUAAAAUAUUUUAUGUAAGGGAGCUUUAGAAAAUACAAAUCUAGGAAAACAGAAAUUAAUAAACUUUAAAGAUGCGAAGAUUUUUUAAUAACCAAUCAGGCAAUAAAAAAGAUGAAGAAAAACCAUUGAAAGCAAAACUCUUAAAUUAUAGAAAAAAUAAAAAACAAACAUUAUUGGCAAAGGAAACACAAAAACAAAAUUUAUUAGAACAACAAAAAACACAAAUUAAUAGAAAUGUUUCUCCAGCAAAUUUAUUUGAAAAGAAUCAACCCCCUCAACAACAACAAACAAAUCAAAAUCAACAAACCUCAACAGAAAAUGUACAAAAUAAUGAAAAUAAAAUAAAAUCAGAAUUACUUCAAUUACCAAAACCGGCGUGGAGAAAUGUUUUAGAAAAUUUUGGUUUUGAUAUUUUAGAUAAUUACCCAAUGAGAAAAUGGAGGGAAUUUUGUUCAACAAAUCCAUUAAUGUGUUGGAUAUUUACUGGAAUUACUUGGGCAAUUUGUCAAUAUUUGGCUGCUAAAGCAGAAUUUGGCUUUGUUUUCCUCGCAAUUUUUUUGUUACUUUUAAUUCUUUUAAAUCUUGGAAUACGUGAAGAAGGGGAACUAUCUGCUUAUUCAGUAUUUAAUGAAGAUUUUAUAAGAUUGGAAGGGGAAUUGACGAGUGAAGAUUUUGAAAGUGAAAUUCUAAUGAGGAGGAGAGUAACAAAAACAUUAAUAUUUUAG